AUGGAUCUGAUGGAUCCCAUGGAUCCGAUGGAUCUGAUGGAUCCCAUGGAUCCGACGGAUCCGAUGGAUCUGAUGGAUCCGACGGAUCCCAUGGAUCUGAUGGAUCCCAUGGAUCCGAUGGAUCCCAUGGAUCCGACGGAUCCGAUGGAUCUGAUGGAUCCGACGGAUCCAAUGGAUCCGACGGAUCUGAUGGAUCCCAUGGAUCUGAUGGAUCCGAUGGAUCCAAUGGAUCCGACGGAUCCCAUGGAUCUGAUGGAUCCCAUGGAUCUGAUGGAUCCCAUGGAUCCGACGGAUCCAAUGGAUCCGACGGAUCCAAUGGAUCCCAUGGAUCUGAUGGAUCCGAUGGAUCCGAUGGAUCCCAUGGAUCCGAUGGAUCCGACGGAUCUGAUGGAUCCGAUGGAUCCAAUGGAUCCGACGGAUCCAAUGGAUCCGACGGAUCCGAUGGAUCCAAUGGAUCCGAUGGAUCCAAUGGAUCCGACGGAUCCCAUGGAUCCGACGGAUCCCAUGGAUCCGACGGAUCCGACGGAUCCAAUUGGUUCCGACGGAUCCAAUUGGUUCCAUCGGAUCCAUCGGAUCCAUUUUUUUUUUAUAUAA